GUGGAUUUUUCGCUCUCUCUCUCCGUUGUAGAGUGACAGAUUUGGAUAGGGUGUUCUCUCACCGGGGAGAAGCUCAGGGAGAACGGAACUUCUCCGAGUCCUGCGAGAUUCCCCAGGGGAUCACCGCAAGCGGGCCUUUUUCUCAGUGGCAUGAAGAGGAAUUCUUCGUCAUUCGGCAAGGGGGAAAACACGUAAGAAAGAGGGCGACAGUGGAGAGGCCGGCAUCCUUCGCGACUCAAACAUGGAAGCUGCAUCAUUCUGUGUUAAAAAACCUUUCGGGCGCAAGCAAGACACGACCACCCUCUCCCGACAUAAGGCGCCGGAAGGCGGUUGCAAGCCACGGUUAAUACCUUUCAUUCCUCUUCUUGGGAGUAAACACGAAAAAGAACUUUGCAAGAAAGAAGAAAGGCAUCUCCCCACAUGGCUAAUCCUACGGGCUCCAGACUAAAAGUGGACAUGCGCGUUUUUUGCUUCACCGCUAGCUCCCUCAUUGCCGCUCUGGUAGCGGGCUUCGAGUGACAAGUCAAAUGAGGCGGCCUCCGGUCGCCUCUGCGAUUUCUAGCCAAGGAGUCCCUCAAAAGGUAGUCCCGCUGUGUUUUCCCGCUAAUUUGUGCAUGUUUUGUGUCGCAUAAAACAUGCGAAUUCCAGUCUUGCGGAAAAGACCUAUCGGCCUACCGACGCUGUAAUCCUGCGCGAACACCUUCGCCGUUCCGUGGCGCGCAUUUGAGUGAGACACGUAACGCUGAAGACACCUGUCACAAUUGAACGGGUUCCUCCUGGGACUUUUCGCAGUUUUGCGUGCGCGUUGUACAAAAGUGCUUUCCUCUCGAUCUCUGCGAACGUUUCAACGCUACGCGCCUUAUGUCGAAAAACCUUCCGACGGAGAGUGUCUUGCGACACGAAAUGCAAGAAGGACAGCCUGCGAGCUACUGUGCGUUAACUCAAACCCGAAAGGAAAAUUCAUCCAUAGAACGGGCCCGUACCUUGCGCCAGACUAUGCGCAGGCAGGAACGUAAAUUGUUUGGUUAUUUUCCCGCAUCUUCCUCGUGCAACGGCCUCGCCCGCAAUAUCCCGGCUUCCAGAAGUCAACACAUUUAUAAAAGUGACCGUGCUUUCAGAGUCGCUUGAUGCAGAUUCAGCUGUACGAACCCCCCAAGUGACAGGCAGUGCUGUGUUUUCUUUAUCUUUCGCGGCCUCAAAGCUGGCUGGCUGGACGGCUAUCUAGUGAGUUUCCUGCGAAACACGGGACAGAAGAGCCUGGCGAAAGAACGUUUCUUUCGUUCUUCGCACUCAAAGUUACUGAGGAAUAAGAGUACAGCAGUCCUCAUAGGAGUCUGGGUUCGCCUGUGUCAUCCACAUUUUCGUGCCGAGUGUCUUCUUUGCAUUGAUUUCGCGGUGGUCCGACAUUUCUGCCUUUUCCUUCACCGCAAGCCGGUCUGCUACCUGUCUUUUGUUUCGUCGUAUCGGUUCUGCAUUUCCUCAUCUCCGCAUCUACAGUUCGACAAUUCACCAUGGUGGCUCGAGUGGUGGAGCAGGAUGUUGCCCGGGGGUCGGGCCGAGACACCCUUGCGAGGGAGAGCGACGAGGCGCAUCCGCCGCAAUUUUCGCUCUCAAAUCCCCACUUUUUGACGGCGGUUUGUGAGGAACUGAAACGCAGAGAUAAACCUGUUACGGGAUUGACAACCGCGGAGCGUUUCAACGCGGCGCUGGCUGACAUGGGAGUGCGGUACGGGACUCCAGAGGCGGAUAUGAUUAUGCGCUACUGCCAGGUGACCGAGGACGGCUACGUGAUUUUCAAAGAGCUGAUGCUCGCAACGCGCCAACUCUCGAACGUGUCCGAAGACCACGUCACAGAGAGUCUUUCGUCUGCAACACAGCGCGAGCAGGACCGGCUGGUUCCUCUUCCGAAUACCUCAGCACGCGACCGCGACUCGGAACAAGGCGAGAUCCGCGACGAACGCUGUGUCUAUACACCCGAACUGACAGACGCGAUCCGCAGACUGUACGCGCAAUGGGAUCGGUCCUGCUUGCGCGACUGGCAGUUCAAAGAGUCUCUGCAGCGUCUGGGGGUUUGCGUGACGCCGGAGUUCGAGAGAUUGCUGUCGACCUAUGGCCCGAGCGGUUGCGUUUCCUUUUCGCAAGUUAUGCAGACUUUGAUGAUGAGCGACAGUGGGUUUCUAGCCUCGUCGUCGCUGCGCCGGUCGCGCAACCGGAGUGCGGCGGACAUUCCCCUGCCGCCCGUCGCGGACCGUCUGCCCUUCUAUGAACCACGCAGGAACCCAGUGACUUGGUCGCCGCCGCAGCCCCUGAAAGGCUUGCCCGUCAAUCCGCAAGACGUGCUGCAACACGCUCUGAAACUGCCUCUGGCUGCAGACCUAGAUCUCGACAGACGCGUUGGCAGCGAAGUGGGCGACACUGAGGGCGGGGACGGGUGUUCGCUCGCAGACAAAUUCCGGUUGCUGAAGAAACUGGUUGCCCUGUACCUGUCGGAGCGCCUAUCCGCGACGCAGUUCCGCAAAGAGUUGGUCGAGGCGGACGUCCCCAUUACCCCGGAACUCGACACUCUGAUUCGCGCGCACGAAGCUGACAACAGCGGCCAGUUCACGCCUUUCGCCGUCGCGGUUUUCCGAGCCGCGGAAGAAACUGAAAUCUUCCUCAAGGAAGUGAGGCGAGCGUCUGCGAACACGGAGGCCGAGGCGCAUUCAACUCGCGAUACCCCAUACAUCGUGGUGGACAAGCUGACGCAAGUCGACGUCCCCUCGACGUUUCCCGCUCAAGUCGAGGAAGAGGAGGACCUCAAGGCUUCGGCGCGGCACAUGCUCGAGGCGGGCGUAAAGUACCCCACAGAAAAAGAAGCGUUCGUUGGGGAAUCGAAACUCGGCGAUAUACCGAAAGGAAACUACAUCCCUUCGGACUACGGCAUGUCUCAGCACGCCACACUCGCUUUAGCGAACAGGGCAGCUGCCCACCACGCCUACCACGGCCACGGAAAUAUCAUCACAUGGGGAAAAUCUUGUUGAGUGUGGAGGGCGAAAGAGGUUUGGAUGUCAGAGGCUUCGUAUGUCUCCGUUAGAAGAAACCCAGCCGGACGCGUGAUCUGUCAGGAACGAGAUCCGGUCCGCCGCUGUGGGUUUCCCUAUACAUGUGUUUUUUGUGUGUGUGGUAGUGGUAGUCGUAGCCCCCUUAUGUAAACAGGGUGCCAGGACACGCAGACCGCCUUUUUGGGCAGAACGUCUGCUUUUUUCCGCUGCUGAGACGCAUACACCCUAACUUGCAGCUUAAUUCUAUGGUUUACCUUUUCUAACUGCGGCAAUGGGUGCACUUAGCAAAUGUUUCCGCACUCAGAAAAAGUCAUAGGGAAGGGCUCCCGGUGAACAGCCGAUAAGGGAACCCGAUUCUCCGAAGGGAUUUGCUCGCGUGCGACCACAUAAGGAUUUCUACGUAAUGCGUUUUGAAAGUUUUGAAAGCCUUUUGUCAGUUGUUUUGUUUGCUUCGAACUGGAUGGAGUUCGCCGCGUUUGGGUGGAAGCCUUCUUCGCUCAGCGAUCGGUAGCUCACUCGUGAAAACAGAAUCAGAGACCUUGUUCGGGACGAAGGCGAGGCGUGGCUCGUUGCGCGCUAUCCGGGCGCGCUAUGUGCAUAACUGUUCUCACAAGAAUGAUCAACCAGAGAAAAGUGACUACUCACAUGCAUGCUAGUCGGAGACACGAACGUGACCAUGGCAGUUCUAUUGAAUCAAUUUCUACACAUUUUUCAAAAGACGAUAGGGAACCACGUGCCUCGAAGGCUACGACGUUGCUGAUCCAUGGAUGAAUCCAUUACAAGUUCCACUUCACUUGUCGCUUCCUACUUGGCAGAGGGUCCCGCUCUUUUGUUCGCAGGUGUCCUAUCUCAGCAAACGCGUCUGCCUGGUUUCCUUAUUUGUUAUGUCAAACCGGGAAA